ACGCUGUUACGCUGCGCAGACGGGAAGCCUUGCUUCAGCUUUCAGCCAGCUGUCUGCUCGGUGAAAUAAACAUGACGAUGUUGUCAAGUAUCGUGUUCCCAGUGCCACAGGACUAAAAGUUCAACACUGACUGCAACUGGGAAAGCCGGAUAUUGUGUCUAUUUAAAUCUGUGACAAACUGUUGUUGGACUGACACCAUUUUAACAAGCUGAGAAGUUGACUCGUAGCUUGCGAUUGCAAUGCCUCUGCUGUUUUUGGAGAGGUUUCCUUGGCCCAGCCUGCAGACCUACACAGCACUGAGUGUAGCUUUGCUUGCUGGUAGCAUCUUCAGUGCCUACACCACAGUAACUGACCCGGGAUUUGGGGCCUUGGAAACGGAUGAGGCACAGCCUCCCUCCGAGGUGGAGCGUGAACUUCUAAAGAAUGAUAUUAGUAACACAGAACUGGCAACAACUGUCCUGUGGUAUCUUGUCACAGACAGUCUCUUUGUGUGGGUGUUAGUGAACACAUUCUGCUGCUCUUUGAUGUUAAUUGCUAAAAUGAUUCAGUAUGUGGUGUUCGGCCCACUCAGAGUCAGUGAGAAGCAGCACCUGAAAGAUAAAUUCUGGAACUUCAUUUUCUACAAGUUCAUCUUCAUUUUUGGUGUACUGAACGUCCAGACAGUGGAGGAGGUGGUCAUGUGGUGUCUGUGGUUCUCUGCACUCGUUUUUCUCCACUUAAUGGUUCAGCUCUGCAAGGAUCGCUUUGAAUAUCUGUCUUUCUCCCCAUCCACACCUAUGAACAGCCAUGUGCGUGUGCUCUGUCUGCUGGUCUCCCUGCUUCUGGACUGUUGUGGCUUGGCUGUGGUCUGCGGCCUCCUGGGAGCUUCUCAUGGCAUGCACACGCUCUCCUUCAUGGCAGCAGAGUGUCUGCUGGUGACUGUACGCACUGGACAUGUCAUCAUGCGAUACUCAAUUCAUCUCUGGGAUUUGAACCAUCCAGGGACUUGGGAGAGUAAGGGGACAUAUGUCUACUACACAGACUUCAUAAUGGAGCUGGCCAUGCUGUUUCUUGACCUAAUGCACCAUAUCCAUAUGCUGCUUUUCGGGAAUAUCUGGCUGUCCAUGGCAAGCUUGGUUAUCUUCAUGCAGCUGCGAUAUCUCUUCCAUGAGGUGCAGCGCCGUGUCCGCCGACAUAAGAACUACCUGCGUGUCAUCAAUAACAUGGAGACAAGAUUUGCUGUUGCUACUGCAGAGGAGCUGGCAGCCAAUGAUGAUGAUUGUGCCAUCUGCUGGGAUGCCAUGCUUACAGCACGCAAACUGCCCUGCGGUCAUCUCUUCCACAACUCUUGUUUGCGCUCAUGGCUUGAGCAGGACACGUCGUGUCCCACAUGUCGGAAAUCCCUUAAUAUUAAUGGGGAUGGGGGCCAAGCAAGAAGCCCGCAGCAGGGUGGGGGUUUGGAGGACAACAUUGGCCCAGUUGGAGCCCCCCCAGAUGCCAGACCACAUAUCAACCAACACAAUCACUUCUUCCACUUUGAUGGAUCUCGUAUCGCCAGCUGGCUGCCCAGUUUCUCAGUAGAAGUAAUGCAUACUACUAACAUCUUGGGCAUUGCUCAAGCAAAUAACUCCCAGCUUAUGGCUAUGGCCCAUCAGAUUCAAGAGAUGUUUCCUCAGGUGCCCUCCUACCUGGUACUACAAGACUUACAGUUGACCCGCUCUGUGGAAGUUACUACUGACAACAUCCUGGAGGGACGUAUCCAGGUGCCUUUCCCUACGCAGGCCAUAGAGCGAGCCCCUUUACAGGUUAAUCCUGCACCAGAUGAGCAGCCUGGGCCCAGUGGAGCAGCUGAGCAGGGUGAAUCUGACAACUUGGAGGUUAGAGGAGGCCGCUUCUCUAAGUCUGCAGAGGAGAGGCAGAAGAUGUUAAAGCAGAGGAAAGAAGAGAUGCUUCAGCAAGCACGCAGGAAAUAUCUGAACAAAAAUUCGGAGGAUCAGGAUGAAGAUUUGCCUGGACUGGAGGAGGAGGAGGAUGGCCCAGAAUUGGACUCAACUGUGCUGAGACGUAGAACCAUGGCGGCAGCAGCAGAGAGACGUCUACAAAACCUACAGGACCCUGCGCCCUGAUUCUGGCUUCAGCAGAAGGGUGUAGUACAUUGUUACCCUAAGAGGCACUGACAAGAGCUAUUUCAACUUUCCCCCAUUUGGUGUAGUCAAUGGUCAUCACCUAUAAAACAAAACACACAAAAAAAUUAAACCAUUGCAGACAUGGCCGUGGAGCGGUUUUGAGGCUGCCUAAAAGGGUGAGACUAUUGUAAAUAGCCUCUGUAUCACUGAAUUCAGCCUAGUAUUUGGAAUAUGAUCUAUAUAUUAAUUGGUGCAAGGUUGCAUUGCCCUCUAUACAUGUGCCACACAAUGCAACCACCAGCUUCAAUAGACAGUCAGCAGCUGUCAUGAUUCAGACUGGCUGUCAAAAAACGAGCAUGCUUUGCGUUCAGAAGACUAUUACAAGAAGAUGUUUAUGAGAAGGGUUUGAAGGUGUCAUUGGUAGAUAAAGCUGUUAUAUGGGUCUUGGUUUUCCUUUCACAUAUUAAGCCCAUGGCAGAAAAUUCUGUAUUCCGGAUGGAGGAACUCAUCUGAUGUGUCUGUGUGUUAUUUUGAGUUUCAACUGUGAAUUAAGUGUAGGCAAAAUAACACAUUCUUAUUUCUUACAUAGGCGCAAGAGAAUGUCACUUUAGUAUUGUUCAGCCUUUCUGUCAAAUAUGAAUGUUUCUAUCAGAAAAAAAUGCUGCAAACAAAGUUGUUUAUUUUUUUUCUUCUUUUCACCCGCAUGGGUUGUUUUCUAUUUAGUGUGUAAUAUCACCUGUUUGCAUUUUGUUAUUUAACAAGAUGGGGAAAUGGGCCUGUAAAUUUUUUUUUUUUUUUUUU